AUGGGAUAUUCAUCCAACGAUACAGUAUGUCCCAGUCACAGGAACCGCGCCACAAUCCUGAAAUGGGACUCGGUGCUGGCAGUCACACAACGAGGACCAUACAAUUCGGGCAUCAACCCAGCCAAUCUAUGGCUAAUCCUGUUUCCGCCAAACUACAACAUGUCCGACAUGCCAAAUAGAACGGAUCUGCUUAGCCGUCGCGACGGCACACCUCUUAUGUACCCCGUCAGGUCGUCAUUCCCCACGUGGAAGUACCAGGAGAAUACAACCGUCCACGAUCAUUUCAACCUGACUACAACCAAAAAUCCCAACUCUUCAUUUACUCUCUCGGGGCAAAUGCAUAGCGAGCUAGACCCCUACGCUGGAAUGGGUUCCGAGAAUUUAAAAGUCGACAUGACUCCGUGCAACAUAUCCGAAGAAUACGGCAAUUGGACUGUGCGAGUUCCGCAGGCAGAAUGGUGGGACACGGAAGACUGGGACGGGUUCGCUCUACCGAAUGUGACGGCGGAUUUCGAUGCCCAGACGUCAAAUCUGACUAUGGAUGGGCAUUUCACCGCGUCGCCAUACAUGCGAUCCAAUGUGUCGCGCUAUAUGUGGGGUGACAUGGUUUCUGCGGAAUCUAUCCGGGGUCCUAUUCAAGUUCGCUUUAGUGGUGUUUUGGAUGCUUAUAAUUCGGAUAUACUCGAUGUCAAUUCGACGGAACUGGCGUGGCUACGGACUGUUGGGUUUGGGAAUAAUUCGUUGAAUAUUGCAGAUUCACCGAAUGGUGGGUGUAGUCUCCGAUCUGCUCUGUGGGGUGCUUUUAUGGUUCCUUUACUUUUUGGUGUUAUUGUUUAUACAUAG